AUGCCGCGCACCAAAGAUGUCAGCCAGAGUGCACUCAUUGCAGCAGUGGAGCAACAUGCAGAGCUGUGGGACCUUGAGCAUCCACAAUAUGCUGAUCGUGUGUACAAGCUGAGGGCAUGGGAUGAGGUUUACAAAACCCUGACCCCGAGCUGGAACCGACUGAAUCCACAAGACAAGAAGCUGAGAGGCGAUGAGUUCCGCACACGUUGGAAGUCACUCCGUGACCGUCUACGUCGAGAUAUAACCGAUGAGCAGCUGGCCAGAAGUGGUGUCCCAGCAAGGGGACCCCGUCGCAGACCUCACCCAUAUGCCACAGAGCUUGCAUUUCUCAGAAGGCCAAUGGAGUCCAGGGUUACAACCAGUAACUUGGCUGAGGAGGAGGAAGAGGAGGAAGGCGAGGAUAGUGAUGAGGGACCCUCACAUUCUGCUACAGCGUCUGAGGAGAUGGCAGCACGAUUAUCUCCAUUAAGUACACAGGGUACUGUGGCAGGGAAGAGACACCAGUCUGGCAAACUCGACAGACGCGGCAUGCACGACGGCAGCAGGCUACAUCGUCAAUUGAUGACCACAUACUCCAAACAUUAAAUGACAUUCGUAGACGGCACCAGAAGGUGCAACCACCUGAGGACGCUUUUCUUAAUCAUUCCAACCGGCAUGUAGCUUUCUGCCGUAGUAUACUGCCCAUGCUUGAAGAUCUCCCUUUUCAACGGUCUAUGCAGGCCACAGAUGACAUUUACUGUUAUCUGGCAGCCUGUAGAUCCGCAUAUCGGGAAAAUCUUCCUGUUCCGCGGAUGACUGUAUCCACCCCAGCCACCACCUCUGCCUCCUACACUGCCAGCCAUCCCUCCACCAGCAUGCAACCCACCCCAUACUGCUCCUCUCCAGAUUCCUAUUAUACCACUUCCUACACCCCAUCCUCAUCCAGUACCCCAGUGACAUAUGCACAGUCUGCCAUAAACCACUCUCAGGUAUAA